UUGGGCCUCUCUCUCAGCUCCUGGACUACAUUUCCCGGCAGGCCUUUCGCCCAGGCCUAGCUUGGCGGCCUCUGCGACUAGUCUUCUCGCAGAGCGUGGCUACAAUAAUAAUAACCUCCAACGACUGGAGCCGAGGCCAGGCCUCUGAGGGCCAUGAGCCGCCUGGGCUCCGUGCAGCAGAAGCUGCCCUGCCUCUUUGUGACGCGGGUGGCGGAGGGGCCCUCGGCCAAGAGGGAGCACCAGCCUUUUAAAGUGUUGGCCACUGAAACGAUUAAUCAGAAGGCGCUUGAUGCAGAUAUAUACAAUGCAGUCCCAACGGAAAAAGUGGAUGGAACUUGCUGCUACAUAACUACUUACAAAGGGCAACCAUACCUUUGGGCCAGGCUGGAUAGAAAACCUAAGAAGCAGGCUGAAAAAAGAUUUAAACGGUUCUUGUACUCAGCAGACAAUUUACAAGGAUUUACUUGGAGUGUUGAAGAAGAUUUCAGGCCUGUCCCUGAAUGCUGGAUUCCAGCAAAGGAAACAGAGCAUUGUAAUGGAAAACCUCUUCCUGAUGAAAAUGGACAUAUUCCAGGUUGGGUCCCUGUGGAGAAAAACAGCAAACAAUAUUGUUGGCACACUUCUGUUGUGAACUAUGAAUUUGAACUAGCUCUCAUUCUGAAGCAUCACACUGAAGAACCUGGUCUUCUAGAAAUUAGUCCAGUGCCCUUAUCCAAAUUUUCAGAGCACACACUGGAGCUUAUUGGAACAAACAUUAAUGGCAACCCAUAUGGUUUAGGAAGCAAGAAAUACCCUGUACACCUUCUUGUCCCUCAUGGAAUAUUUCAAAUAAAAAAUGCACCUGCACUGAAUCACAGUGACAUAUUGGCAUGGUUUGAUGGAUGUAAAGAAGGGAAAAUUGAAGGCAUUGUAUGGCAUUGUGUUGAUGGAAAUUUAGUCAAGCUUCAUCGACAUCAUCUUGGCUUGUCCUGGCCAAUUGCAGACCCUCACUUGAUUUCUCAGCCAGUUGUUGUCAACUUCAGUAUGGUCAAAUAUGACUAUAAUUUUGAACCAAAGACACUUUUUGAUUAUUUUUCAAAGUUGGAUGGACAAAGAUUCAAUAGUCUCAGGGAUAUAACAGGUGAUCUAUGAUCAGAUUUCUUAAACAGAUAGACACAUCGGUGUCAGCAUGUUUACUUGUGCUUCAUUCCGUUUAACUCUGUCUUAUAUGAGGUGUAUAUGUCAAAAAUUGCAUUUUUUGUUGAAAUGCAGUUAAAAUAGUAUUUAGUUUACACAUGGCUUAACAGAUACAUGUAUGUAGCAGGAAAACCUAAAUUUGAACAUCAUUAUUUUUCUUUCCAACCCCCCAAAAUUAAGCCUGAAAUGUACCUUGAAUGUUUUUUAAAGCAGUAACAAUUUGAUCUUGAGAAUGAUGCAUUUUUUUCUCUUUAAGUCUGUAUAGUUGACAUUUGCGGUUAUUGUAAAAAAUAAUUUGUGCAGAUGACUUUAUUCUAGCAACAUAUAACUAACAGAAUAUUUAUCAGUAGAUGGAAAAUGCUAGUAAAAACAUAAGGCUCUUUGAUCCUCUGGACUUCAUAUCUGUUCCAUACCACAGGUAGAGGAGCCCAAAAUACUUCUGGAGUAAAUGAAGAAUACAUGCAUAUAUAUA